ACAUGUACAGUUGGCAAGAUGAUAGCUGACUACAGCGCUACAGUCCAGACAAUUCUGGGAACUUUGUUAACAUGGGGACUCACAGCAGCCGGAGCAGGGUUGGUGUUUGUGUUUCAGAGCAAUCAGAGGAAGGUGUUAGAUGCCAGCCUUGGUUUUGCUGCUGGGGUAAUGACUGCAGCAUCCUACUGGUCACUUUUGGCCCCAGCCAUAGAAAUGGCUGAGCGUUCUGGUCUUUAUGGUGAACAUGGACAGUGGGCCUUUCUCCCUGUUAGUAUAGGGUUUAUACUGGGAGCCCUAUUUGUGUAUGGUGCAGACAUCCUCAUGCCAUAUUUAGGAGUCAACAGCUCCAACCUAAUUGUGACAAUUGAAUCAGCUUCAUCCAAAGUAGAGAAGGAGGAUAAUGUACAUAUAGAUUUUAACCAAACAAAUUACAAUUCUAGAGAACCAUUUUCAUUAUCUGCCAAUCCUGCUCAGCGGAGGAAACAGCAUGGCAUUAGUCCUGAGUCACAACGGGAUAAUAUAGACAUAGAGGAACAUACUUUAGGAGGGGCACCCUCUGUGGGCAUCCAGUGGAAACGCAUACUGUUGCUUAUUAUAGCAAUAACUAUACACAACAUUCCAGAAGGUCUUGCUGUUGGAGUAGGAUUUGGUGCUAUAGGAAAAUCUCCAUCUGCUACAUUUGAAAAUGCCAGAAAUUUAGCUGUGGGAAUAGGUAUACAGAAUUUCCCCGAGGGACUAGCUGUCAGCUUACCAUUACGUGGUUCUGGCAUGUCAGUUUGGAAAAGUUUCUGGUAUGGACAGCUUAGUGGGAUGGUGGAACCAAUAGCAGGCCUGUUUGGAGUGGUGGCUGUAUCCAUAGCAGAGCCAAUUCUACCUUAUUCUCUGGCCUUUGCUGCUGGAGCUAUGAUAUAUGUUGUUGUUGAUGAUAUCAUACCUGAGGCACAAACUUGUGGAAAUGGCCGUCUAUCAACCUGGGGAGCUGUCGUAGGAUUUGUUGUGAUGAUGUCAUUGGAUGUAGGUUUGGGAUAGGAGCAAAUGGAAGGAAGUGUUUUUGGAUAAGGACUCAAAUUAACUAAGUGAGAGAGUAAGAUUCCUGUGACUCUGGCCAAAGAAUUCUAACAAAACAUUGAUGGAGACAAAGUGCCUUUAAUUCCACGGUAUCAUCAUUCUGAUAUUUAGAUCUGUUUAUUAAUUUGUUAAUGAUAUUAAAACAUGG